UUGAUAGAUGGAAAAACGAAAUUGAUAACAAACGUCAGCACUCGGCAAUCAGCAAACAAAACGUCAAAAUCAAAGGAAUUUUGAAGGACAUUCAUUUGUUUUGAUUAAUUAAUUUCCGUAAUAAAAUACUUUAUUACAUAAUUUCUGUGUGUAUAAAUAGUGUUUCAAGAAUAUAAAUUUAAAAUAUUUGGACUAGAAAUACUGAUUAAAGAACAUGGCUACAGACAUAAUUUCGGCGUUGGAACUAGAUAAGGAAAAUAUUCAUAGUAGGAUUUUAGUGGUUAAAGAAAUUAAUAACUGCAGUAGUUCAUUUAUAACCAGUUGUGUUUUAGGACAUUUAAUAAAAAAGAAAAGUGCAGUUCUUAUUAUAUCUACUCACAAUUCAAUAAAACACUAUCAGAAUGUUGGUUUGAAAAUGAAUUAUAACCUAAACAGAUGUAUAGAUGAUGGUUUAGUACAGUUUUACAAUUUUGGUGAAGAAUAUGUGGAUAAACUGCUGAAAAAUGAACAUAUAUCUGUGGAGCAGAUUUAUCAGAAUAUCACAGAUAAAAUUGAAUAUAUGAGGAAGAAAUAUAAUGUAGUAAAUGUAAUAUUUGAUGGGGUAUCGCAUUUGUUAGAUAUGUAUUAUAAUAUUAAAGAAAUUAAUCUAAUAUGUUCAAAGAUUAUUGAAUUAAUCAGAGAGUACAACUCAUUACUUAUAUGUCACUUUAAUGUGGCCAGUGAGCAUGAUUUGACACAUGUUUUAGCUAAUUUCCUUUCACAUAGAGCAUUUAUGGUUGUAGAAGUUGAGAAUCUCGCAUCAGGAUGGAGUAGUGAUGUUUCAGGACAUUUGACAAUAAAAUAUCCAGGUAAAAAGUUUGAUAAUGAACACAUGCAUUCAUUGGAAAUCAAACCGGCUCAAUACCUAUACAAAUUAUUUGAUAGAGGUGUGAAACUACUUGCACCGGGUACUGUGUAAUAUUUUCAAGAUUUGUGUAAUACAUUGCAUUUAUGGAAUAAUGUAUUUGUCAAUAACUAUAAAUUGAAAAUAACUUUUAUAUUAGUGUACAUUGUUUUAAAAAUAAUGAUUACAU